AUGGAUGGCCCCCAGGACACGGUCUCCCCAGGCCCAGGGAGCCGCUGCCCUGCCCUCCGCAGGCUGGUCCCCAUUGGCUUUGGGUCUGAGGCGCGGACUCUCUUUGUCCUUUCCGGACCCCUGUUCCUCUUCCAGAUGCUGAACUUCAUGAUCUACGUCGUGAGCACAGUGUUCUGUGGACACCUGGGCAAGGUGGAGCUGGCGGCAGUGACCCUCUCGGUGGCUUUUGUCAACGUCUGUGGAGUUUCCAUCGGAUUCGGCUUGUCCUCGGCCUGUGACACCUUGAUGUCCCAGAGCUUCGGCAGCCCCAACAAGAAGCACAUGGGGGUCGUCCUGCAGCGGGGCACGCUGGUGCUGCUGCUGUGCUGCCUCCCCUGCUGGGCGCUCUUCCUCAACACCCAGCACCUCCUGCUGCUGUGCAGGCAGGACCCGGCCGUGGCCAGGCUGGCCCAGGAGUACGUGCAGGCGUAUAUCCCAGCUCUCCCGGCGAAUUUUAUUUAUGGCUUGCUGGCAAGAUAUUUGCACAAUCAGGGCAUCGUGUGGCCCCAAGUCCUCAGUGGUGUCGCGGGCAACUGCGUCAAUGGCCUGGCCAACUACAUCCUGGUUUCCGUGCUGGGUCUGGGGGUCAGGGGCUCUGCCUUCGCCAACACGGUCUCCCAGUUCCUGCAGGCCGUCGUUCUCCUGCUCUGCAUCACGCUGAAGAAGCUGCACCUGCAGACAUGGGCAGGCUGGUCCAGCCAGUGCCUGCAGGACUGGGGCCCCUUCUUCUCUCUGGCCGUGCCCAGCAUGUUCAUGACUUGCGUCGAGUGGUGGGCCUACGAGAUCGGGAGCCUCCUCGUGGGCCUGCUCAGCGUGCUCGACCUCUCUGCCCAGGCCGUCAUCUACGAGGUGGCCACGGUCGCCUACAUGAUUCCCAUGGGACUCAGCAUCGCGGUCUGUGUCCGAGUGGGGACGGCCCUGGGAGCUGCAGACACCGCGCAGGCCAAGCGAUCGGCCGUCUCUGGCACCCUCUGCACAGUCGGCACCACGCUGGUCGUGGGCACCCUGUUGAGCCUCCUGAGAAAUAAACUGGGCCACAUCUUCACCAGUGAUGAAGAAGUGGUCGCCCUGGUCAACAAGGUCCUGCCGCUUUACAUCGUCUUCUACCUGUUUGAGGCCAUCUGUUGUCUCUACGGCGGGGUCCUCCGGGGGACCGGCAGGCAGGCCUUCGGGGCCGUCGUGAAUGCUGUCAUGUACUACGUCGUCGGCCUCCCGCUGGGCAUCGUGCUGAUAUUCGUGGUGGGGCUGGGGGUUGCGGGCCUGUGGCUGGGCAUGCUGGCCUGUGUCAUCCUGGCCGCCACGGCCUUCAUCACCUACACCGCCCGGAUGGACUGGACGCGGGCUGCAGAGGAGGCGCAGAAACACACGGGGCUGCCGCCGCAGAGCACUGCAAGCACGGCCCCCAGACCCAGACCCGGGCCCGAGAAAGCCGUGGUAUCUUCAGUGGCCACGGGCAGCUCCCCUGGCGUGACCCUGAUGACGUUCUCAAGGCCCGAGGGCCGCCUGCACCUCUGCAGGACUCCGGAUGCAGCCCAAGCCCUGCCAGCUGCCCCUGGCAGACUGUCAGCCAAACAACUGGCCAUCCGCCGGGGGGCUGCGCUGGGGGCGGCAGUGGGCACACUGGUGGUGGGGCUUGCCCUCAGGGUCCUGACCGCCAGGCCCUAGCAGGACAGUGGAGACGGAAAGGAAGUCGAGAGUGGCCCCCACCCCACGGCCGGUGCAGACGGGCACCUUGGACCACUCCUCAAAAACAGACCUUCAGCUGGUGCCUCGUGGGAUGUGAUGGGUCUGAAUGGUGGUGAACGGCUCUUCAGAAGACCUCAGCCGACCAGACAGUGAGGCUUCUGGGGUUGCUACCAUUACUCAAUAAUGUAAACUGGAGAUUUCAAAUCGAAACAAAAUGGCAAACGCCACUGUUAUAUUAAAAAGUAUGUAUU